GCAUCACUGCUAACUUCAGUCUGUUUCAGUUGCAGUUGUGGUUUAUCGUCAAUGUCAAUGGGUCGUUAAAAAAUGGUGUAAAUGAUAAUAUGGUCGUUUUUUCUUAUGGACGACGUUUUUGAGGUUUUUUGCGAAUGAUUAAUCGACGUUGGGGGAAGUGAGCGAAGUGUGGUUGGAAGUGUGUGAGCACCCCUGAAACGAAGACCCUACGAAAAUGGCAGAAAAAGUUGCUGUAUCUCCAGCGUUUUCUACAAAGAGUUUAUACGAAUUGAGUAUGAUCGCUGUCGCAAAUAAAUUUAUAACUUUCAAAAGUCAUCUUUCUUAUCUGCCAGAGAAAGUACUUUUUGAUUUAUACUAUCAGCUAUGUAAAGAAAAGAGACUGUGUUUAAUUGGGAUGGAGUUCAGCGAUCUCAAAACUUUUUCCCUGAUGCUCAAAGUCGCAAAUCGGCGUAUACAUUUAUUACAAAUAUUUCAGGCUCUUAUGGAUCAUGGAAUGAGAGUCUGCAACGAAUUGGCCAUUAGUUAUAACGUCUGCUGUCUUAGUGUGAGAGAAAAUGCUAAUGCGCGAGAGAAGAUUAUAAAGCUAGGUCUUAAAUUAGGCGGGUUUCUAAGCGAAGCGGGUUGGUAUUCAGAAAGUGAGAAGGUGCUUGUAGCUUGCAAGGAUUUGUGUGUUGCUGAUCACGAGAACUUAACAAAUUGGUGUCUCACAUUAGAUUGUUGUCACAAAUUACUUCAUGCGCAAGCAUCAUACUGUGCAUUCAGAGCUGCCGCUGAAACUUACCAAUUAGCAAUUUGUACCAUCGAGAAAUUAAAAACUGCGGGACAUACAGAGGCCAAUCAUGCCGCUCUUUAUGCCGAAUUUAGUGUACUUUUUUUCAUUAGAAGUGAAUACGACCGAGCCUAUACGUGGAGUAUAGAAGCGCUUAAACAGUUAAAGCCCUCACUUCCGGCGAGAAUAAAAAUUGACGUUUUGCGUCAGGCAGCUAAAUCGUGUGUGGUAAAACGAGAAUUUCAAAAAGCUGGGCUUUUGAUUAAACAGGCUGUAUAUCUUGCAAGAGAUGUGUUCGAAACGGAUCAUCCAAUAUACAGUGAUGUUUUAAUUGACUACGGAUUUUAUUUGUUGAAUUAUGACAGUAUCAACAAUAGUGUCCAGGUUUAUAAGUUUGCAUUAGAAUUAAGGGAAUCGAUAUUUGGAAAGGCGAACCUACUAGUAGCGAUAGCACAUGAAGACUUAGCGUAUGCUUUAUACGUGCACGAAUACAGUUCUGGAAAAUUUGAACAAGCAAGUUUUCAUGCUGGAGAGGCUAUCAAAAUCAUGGACAAAUUACUGCCUGUAGAACAUCUAAUGCUGGCUAGUGCAAAACGAGUAAAGGCCUUAAUAUUGGAAGAAAUAGCUUUAGAUAACGUUGGGGCCCCCUUAUCAGAGCAAGAUCUCCUUUUGAAGUCCGAGUGUCUUCAUUUAUCUGCUCUGCAAUUGGCAAAAACAGCCUUCGGAGAAAAAAAUGUACAGACCGCGAAACAUUACGGAAAUUUGGGACGACUGUAUCAGAGUAUGAGGAAGUUUCAAGAAGCAGAAAUGAUGCAUCUGAAAGCCAUUAGCAUAAAGGAAGAACUUUUAGGUUUGGAAGAUUACGAAGUUGGAUUAAGUAUAGGGCACUUGGCAUCCUUGUAUAAUUUUCAUAUGAAUCGCUAUAGAGACGCUGAAAAACUGUACUACCGAAGCAUUGAAAUUAGUUUAAAACUCUUCGGUCAUAGUUACAGUGGCCUCGAGUACGAUUAUCGCGGAUUAAUGCACUUAUACCAGAAAUUAGAAGAGCAAGAUAAGGUGUUUGAAUACACAAACCAUUUAUCUGAAUGGAGAGAAUUGAGAGAUAAGCACGUAGAGUCAGAGGACCCUCCGAUUGACCUUCAUACACGCCCACAGCCAAUAGAGGACGUAACAAGAGCAUUCUUUGCAAUGCGAUAAUGUGAUAUACGAGUAUCCCUUCUCGAAUUAAUUAUACUCUGCUGCGAAACAUCACAAAAUCAUCAUUAUUCUCAAAUUCUUAUUCUUUGCAUCAAAUAAGUCUCAUUUCUCUUAGUUAUGUAUAGUAUUGACCUUACUCUCAAGUUUCUUGGAAACCAAAAUGUUUUAUGCAUAUCAUUCAUUCAAAGCACUGAUCUCCGUUGGACGCUCAAAACUUUAUAGGUGUGGAGUAAUACGUAAGUCUUGUCAUCUUAAUUAGCGAUCAACCUGAGUUUAUCGAUUUUAAUAUAAGGUAUGACUCGAAUUUAUAAGGACUUGAAGUUGACCGCACGGUUAGAUUAAAAGUCUGCUUAUAUGCUGAAAACUGGAAUCAUUAACAAAUAAUAGUGGAGUUUUCAGGCACACAAUAUAUAGAAUUGAACAAUUUACACAGACUUAUCGAGGAUUCGCACAUUUCAUACAACCGUGAAGAUAGUAAUCGUUGUUGCGAAACAUAAGGAUAUUAUAAAAAAGAUAGAAAAGUAGUUUUGCCAGAAAAUAACAGAACGAAAUAAGUUUAGUUUUGUGAUUUAAAAACUACGCAUAUCUUUCUAUCGGGUUAUUUAAAGUUACGCAAUAUGCUUCUGGAAAGUGAUUUUGCUUAAGCGUGCAAACUGCAGAAAAUAAAUAAUUUUGAAGCUACAAGUUUUGAUCACCUUGACAUGCUUAAAUAGUUCAGGCACAUGUAGCCCUGCAGGCUCGUCGGACAUCCCACAAUAGGACACAAAAGUACCUGUAGACAAAUUAAUUUUCUGUUUACGUUUUUCGUUCGAUAUGUACUUAAAAAAAAUUUUAAACAAAUUCAAUUUCAAAGAGAUUUGGGUUUAGAUUUUUGAAAAAAUGUUUGAAUUUUUCUUAUUAAGCAAAAAACUAUCUGGCAAUUUUACGGACACGUCCGUUUUCUUGGACUUAUUUAUCCUAAAUAUGACUUCAAACGUUAACAACUAUAUAGGUUAAUACACUAUGUACACUAAAGUUAUUGUUAGGGAUUAGGAAAUACGUAUAGGUAUGUUAUAGCGAUGUAAAUAAAAGGACCCUCGAACUGCAGUGUAACAUUACACACUCGAUAAAAACAAAAUUACACGGUCCCUCGUACGAACUUUACAUUUAGAAGGGGAAAU